AGAGACAUAGUUAUUAGUCGAAUGAAAAUAUUGGUACAGCGAGAUGGAGAAUGUUUAAGUCGUACUCCCAUGUCUUUAAAAAUGAUAGAACGUACUGGCUUUGGUCGUUCAGGCCAAGAAUUUAUUCUGAAUUUUAAAGCUUUAAAUGCUGAUGGUAUUGGCAUAACACCGUAUUCGAAGAUUGUAGGAAAAUAUUUUGCUGCUAGACCGACCACGUUAUAUUCGCAAAUUGAACGAAAGAUAUUCUUAGUUAUCGAAAAACGAGUGUAUGAAGAAGAAAUGGUUGUAGUUUCAGCCAGCAUUUUAUCUACUCUAAAAAUACGAUAUCAUCCUUCUUCUCGUAAUGCUGCUUUUGUUCCAAGCAAUGGAAUAUGGAAUUUGCGUGAUAAAUUAGUUGCUACAGAGGCCACACUUUCGGAGAUUACCAGUUCAAAUCAUAAACAUUUUAUUAGAGAAUUGGUUAAUACAUGUCAAGGCAGCAUUCACCUAUUAUGUUAG